AUCGUCCGCGAGCAAUGUCCGUUUCGUGUUUUUCUUUUUUCAGAUUUUCACUGUUUUUCUAAUUUUACCAAUAGAGUCAAGAAGUUGGCCUUGUUUUUCGGUUUAUUUCGUCAGUUUGUUCAGCAGCAAUGAGGCUUAUCGAAAAAGUAUUCAACCCUACCGGUAAAUCCCACAUUGGAACGUUGAUUUUCUUUCACGGAUCUGGUGACACCGGAAGGGGCCUAACCGAAUGGAUCCGUUUUCUGCUGGGUCGGGAUCUGGAGUUUCCGCACAUAAAGGUAAUCAUUCCAACAGCACCGGUUCAGCCGUACACUCCGAUGGGUGGAGAGAAUUCGAACGUUUGGUUCAACCGGAAGCGCAUUGAAAUGGACUGUCCGGAAAUUCGGACAUCACUGGCAUCGAUCUACGAUACGGUCAACGAAAUACUGAAGCGUGAAAUCGCACAAGGUGUCCCCGCUGAACGGAUCAUUGUUGGUGGAUUUUCAAUGGGAGGUGCCUUGGCACUACAUACAGCUUAUCACUUAAAUCGAGAUUUAGCUGGAGUGUUCGCAAUUUCUUCCUUCCUCAAUACCGGAUCCAUUGUGUAUGAUUCGGUGGGCUCGAUUACCGAAGGUGAAAAGCUUCCUGAUCUGUUGAUGUUCCAUGGCGAAAGGUGA